AGAGAGACCACCAGCCCGCUGAGGACAAACUUGAAGAAGCAGAUCAUGCAGAAAAAGCUCCGCAAGACAACAGUGCAGCAGCUCGGCGGGUUUUGAAGCUACAGACGCGGCAGAGCUUGUUGGGGAUUUACAACAAUGAUUGCCACAACUCAACAAAACAUGACCACGGAGCUGGACCUGGGGAGUUCAGACGGUCCCCCGCGGAACUGGAAAGGCAUCGGGAUCGCCAUGGUGGUGAUCCUGGCCGUGAUGUCUCUGGUCAUCCUGUCCGUCAUCCUCCUCACGCCGGAUGAAUCUCACUUGCUGCUCCGCUCCCAUCUCACCAUGGAGGAUCUGGAGAGCGAAGAGUUCAAAGUUCAUGACCCCUGCGUGGCCUGGUUGAACGAGAACGAAGUGGCUGUUCGCACCAGGGAAGGACACGUCCUGUCGUUCAGCCUCAACAGCAACCUCACCACGGCUCUCCUGGACAACAGCUCCCUGGACUUGACCGCAACUAAAUUCCAGGUGUCUGCGGACAAGAGGUUUGUCCUCUUGGCGUACAACAUUCGACCGGUGUUCUCUCAGUCCUUCACAGCCUCCUAUGCUAUCUACACUGUGGCUAAUGGGGAUCUGCAGGAGCUUAACCCUCCGGAGAAAGAGAAGGCAGCGCUGCAAUACGCUUCCUGGGGACCGCAGGGGAACCAGCUGGCCUUCGUGUUCGACGGAGAUAUCUACUACAAGCCGAGCGUGACCGGCAAACCUUUGCGCCUCACGACCACCGAGGAGCAGAACGUGGUGAACGGGCUCUCUGACUGGACGUACGAGGAGGAAGUGCUCUUGACGUAUGUGGCCCACUGGUGGUCCAUGGACGGGGCCCGGCUGGCGUACCUGACCAUCAACAACUCCGCCACACCUGUGAUGGAAAUACCUCACUUCUUAGGCGGUCUCUACCCGUCCAAUGUUGUCUUCCCCUACCCCAAGGCAGGCUCGAGUAUCCCAUCAGUCAGUCUGUUUGUGGUGAAUCUAUACGGUCCAGCUCACACUCUGGAGAUGAUGCCUCCCGACUCCCUCAGGGCCAGAGACAGCUACAUCUCCAUGGUGACUUGGAUUAGCAGCACCCGCCUCGCGGUUCGUUGGCUGAAUCGAGCCCAGAACCAAUCGGUGCUGUGCGUGUGCGAGGCCACCACGGGGGCAUGCUCCGAGAAACACAAAAUGACCAUGGACAUAAUGCAGAACCAGCGUCAGGACGUGCCGUUGUUCUCGGCGGACGGCUCCGUGUUUUACACGAUCCUGCCGGCGAAACAAGGCGCCCGGGGAGAGUUUCACCACAUCGCCGGUCUUUCAGCUCAGCCUGCCAUCCCCUCCGUCCCUCCUCGCUUCUUGACAUCAGGGAGCUGGGACGUCACCUCGCUGUGCGCCCUCGACGAGAAGGCUGGAAAAAUCUUCUUCCUGAGCACAGAAGAGUCCAGACAGAGCCGACACCUCUACAGCGUGGACCUGGACGGAGUGUUUCAGCGCCAGUGCAUCUCCUGUAACCUCAUAGAUGGAUGUCGCUUCUUUAGGGCUGAAUUCAGCCCCAAUCAAACCCAUUUCACCCUCUACUGCCUAGGCCCGGGAAUCCCUAAAGUGACAGCUCACAGUACAAAGGACCCCUCCAGAUAUGUGGUGUUGGAGGAUAACAGCCCUCUGUCUAAAGCUCUGGAGGACAAGAGGCUCCCCGAGACCCUGUUCAGGACGCUCCCAGCAGAAAACCACGAUCUACACCUGAAGCUAUCUCUCCCUCAGGGUUACGAGGCCAACCUGCACCCUCUCCUAAUCAUUGUCGAUGGCGUUCCAGGCAGUCAGUCGGUGACGGAGGAAUUUGCCCUCGACUGGCCUCAGGUUCUUUCCGGCACUCACAAUGUGGCCUUGGCCUGGGUGGACGGCAGGAGCGGGGUCGGCCGCGGGCAGAAGACGACCGCUGUGGAUUCACGCAAGCUGGGCUCGCUCAGAGUCAAAGAUUAUCUUGGAGUUGUGCAGUUGUUGAUGCAACUGCCGUACAUUGACGACCGCCGGAUGGUCCUCUAUGGCAAGGCCUUCGGUGGUUACUUAGCUCUCAAGAUGUUAGCUACGACAGAUAAGCUCUUUCAGUGCACGGCUGCUGUGGCGCCGAUAACCGACUUCAGGCUUUAUAGCGCUGCGUUCUCAGAGAGGUAUCUCGGCCUUCCAGCGAAGGAGGAGCACGCCUACUCGACUGCCUCUUUGCUGGAGGAGGUGAACAAGCUGAAAGAUGAGAACUUCCUUAUUCUACACGGGACUGCAGAUGCGAGGGUCCACUUCCAGCACAGCGCUGAGCUCCUGAGCCGACUGGUGAAGGUGGAGGCCAACUACUCCCUGCAGCUGUACCCGGACGAGGGCCACGUCCUGAGAGAUCCGCGCAGCGUCCAGCACUUCCAGCGGACAGUCGUGAACUACCUCCAGACCUGCCUGAAGAACAGCAUCCUCAUAGACCCCGUAGAGGAUGACGAGGAGGAAGACGACUGAGCCCAGAAGGGACUAAAUCUAAAAGACUGUAUGCCAUCUUAUGCAUUACCUUGGGUUGGAUUAUAUGGCACAAGCGCACAGGAGUGGGGACCAAGCACAUCAGAUCACCUCCUACGACAAAAAUUGAUGUAUGGUAUACCUUGUUGCACACGAUUAUUUCCGCUGUUACACUGUAUGUUUGAGGCUCCGUUUGUUUACAAAAUUCACCCGAGACGAUGUGGACCAGAGGGCCACUGGUGUGCCAAAAGUUUACAGAGAUUUUAAAACAUGCAUGUCGUAAUGGCUGCAUGAUGUGGAUUAGUUUACAUUGCAUCUUCUUGUGUUUUUUGCAGGUCCAAGUCUCACCCAUCAGGGUUUGAAAAUGCAAAAUCUGCCAACAGCUGGGAACACACUCGAAGACCUAAAACAUCUUUAUGACCUAUGAAAAAUAAAAUACAUUUAAUGACUGCAUAAAACAUCUGUGGUUUUCAGUACAGGGUUCUGAUUAAAGCAGAGGGGUUGGAUCUUUAUCUCAGAUAAACUGGCCGCUCUGGUCCGGAAAGACUCCCCACAAUCUUCAAGAUGUCGUUAUAAAAUCUGAGUUAUUUUAGGUCUGUUGUUCUGUGUGUUCCCGGCUUACGUUAAGUAUAAUGAAGCAUACAGAUCAUUCUAAAUGUGCCAAUUACAUUUUGUGGACUUUAUCCACUGGUUUUAUCAGCAUUUACUUGCAUCAUGUGAUUAAGAAUGAGUAUGCAAACUGAGACUAUUUACGCAGCAAGCUCGGAUUCAAGACGACCGCAGGAACGUCUGUGUUGUCUAUGAACUGUAUCUGGAAGUACAGUAUGUUUGUGUUUUGAUACAUCCUGGCAUUUUAAUCAUAUCUUGUGUAUUGCAGAAUUAAAUUAUUUCUUUGGACAAAACCGUUGAGCCGUUAUAUUAUCCACAGGGUUGGUGGACGGUAAGCCCGGCCAUCAAACGAUCAGCCGAACCAUACUGGUAAACUGCAUGCAGUUGGUUUAAAAAUGAAUGCCCUUGACUCUAAACGACCGGCUACUCCUUUAUUUUCCAACAAUCCUUGACAAUAAAGUUUGAACUUCUUGUUUUACAGCAAAAAAAUCUAUUUUGGUUUCCUUCACUGAACAUUGUGGCUGUGGUCUAACAGACAUUUUGAGGGAUAAUUAUUGUUAUAUAACAAAUUCUCUAUCAAAUACGCCGUGAAUAUUGACUUUGAUCUCUGUGAAAUAUGAUUGUGACAUUCACAUUAAUGAUUAUCUGCUAUUACUGCUCCUACAAAGAUCACAGUCUCUGAUAAUAGGUUUUAUAAAGCAGGUCUCAAAGGGAUCCAUUUAUAACAUCUGCCAACACUGAUUGAUUGUAACAAUACUGAACGUCAAAUCCAUC